ACGACCAUUCAGAAAAAAAGAAAAUAAAGCAACGCACGAGCCCGCUGGGCCAGGACCGUGGGGCUGGGCUGAGUGAAGGUGGCUACGAGCCCUCAUGCUGGGAUGGCAGAAGAUGAACCUGAUUCUAGGAGCCCAAAGGCUGGGGGGAGGGCUCCCCGAGCCCCCCCAGGUAAUGCGGAGGCUGGUGAGCCCACCACCCUUCUUCAGAGGCUCCGAGGUACCAUUUCCAAGGCCGUGCAGAACAAAGUGGAGGGGAUUCUGCAAGAUGUACAGAAAUUCUCAGACAACGACAAGCUGUAUCUCUACCUUCAGCUCCCCUCAGGGCCCAGCACUGGAGACAAAAGCUCAGAGCCCAGCACACUCAGCAACGAGGAGUACAUGUAUGCCUAUAAGUGGAUCCGCAACCACCUGGAAGAGCACACGGACACCUGUCUGCCAAAGCAAAGUGUUUACGAUGCCUAUCGGAAGUACUGUGAGAGCCUCGCCUGUUGCCGCCCACUCAGCACAGCCAACUUUGGCAAAAUCAUCAGAGAGAUUUUCCCUGACAUCAAGGCCCGGAGGCUGGGUGGCCGGGGCCAGUCCAAAUAUUGCUACAGUGGCAUACGAAGAAAGACCUUGGUAACUAUGCCACCCCUGCCUGGACUUGACCUGAAGGGCUCUGAGAGCCCAGAAAUGGGCCCAGAAGUGACCCAGGCACCUCGGGAUGAACUGGUGGAGGCAGCCUGCGCCCUGACCUGUGACUGGGCCGAGCGCAUCCUGAAACGGUCCUUCAGUUCCAUCGUAGAGGUCGCCCGCUUCCUGCUCCAGCAGCACCUCAUCUCUGCCAGAUCCGCCCACGCUCACGUGCUCCAGGCCACGGGGCUUGCUGAAGAGGAUGAACAUGGCCCUCGAGAACGGUUAUCGAAAUCCAAGAAUGGUGUCGAGAACUUGGAGGGUGGAGCCUCAAAGAAACCAGAGAGACCAGCCCAGCCUUCCAAGGAACUGGAAGCCCGGGCUGGGCCUGGCCCCCCUGCGCGUGGAGAACGGAAGAAGAGUGUAGUCGAGAGCCCGGCCCCAGCAGCCAGUGACCCACAGGUUAAGGCCCUGGUGGCUCGACUCCCUCUGCUCCUGCCCCGGACCUCUUGCUCACAUAUCCAGCCAAUUCGAGUCUCUCCACCUAUUCUGGCCCCCAAGCUCUCUCAAGGCCCCUUAAAAGUGGCUACAUUGCCUCUGCCCAGCAGGGCUGGGGUUCCUCAGGCGGCAGUGCCCAUCAUUAACAUGAUCUUACCAGCCGUUCCUCCUUUGCCUGGGACUGGGCGAGCUCCACCUGUGGGUCUCCCUCAGCCCCGAAGCAUGGAGAACAGGGAGGUAGGCAUAGCAAGCGACCCGGGACCCCAUGACAAGGGCGUCAAGAGGACAGCUGAAGUACCUGUGAGUGAGGCCAGGGGGCAGAGCCUGCCAACAAAAGCAGCGAAGCAGGAUGGAGAGGAUGCAGGAGCUGAUGCCAAAAGAAAGCGGGGGCGCCCUCGAAAAAAAUCAGGUGGAAGUGGGGAAAGGAAUUCUACCCCCGAGAAGUCAGCAGCUGCCCCGGACUCCGCCCCGUCAAGGUUACCACUGGAGACAUGGCACUCUGGAGGGGCAAGCAACUCCUCGGGAGGGUCAGAGGGGACAGGGCUAAUGGGUGAGGCCGAGAGGGGGACAGUGCUUGCCCAGGGUCAGGAAGAUGGUGCUAUUCCCAAAGGGGUACGGGGCUUUAGUUCUCGACAUGCCAAAGAAGCAGGGGGGAAAAUUAUUGUCACCCCCAAAGUGAGUGUCAUCAAGGGCAGUAGAAGCCAAAAGGAGGCCCUUCCGUUGGGAAAGGGAGAAGCAGAGAGUGCCACACAGGGUAAUGAAGGCUUAAAGGGGCAUGUGCUUCAAAGUCCCUUACCCCAUGACCGGAAGGACCCCAAAGCAACCCCCCCGUGAAAGGUGGGGAAGAGGAUUGACGUGUGUAGACAUAUGUCAACUCUGCCUGCUUAGCAGAAGCCCUUUUGCACUUGCUUCUCACUUGGCUAACCUUUCCUUAAGGGAGCCCAUUCUCUGUACAGCUGCUGAGUCACCUCGUCUUGCCUAGCGCCUAGUCCCGCCCCGGACCCGCCAGCUUGAUACCUUUGCCUUCAGCGUCACUAACAAAGCUCUAGUGACCUCCUUACCUGGAUCCCUGUGCUAACCUGUGGGAAGAUAGGGAUAGUUAGGGUAAGUCUGAUGAAUGUAAAGCUUAGGAAUCUUGGUUUUAAAUCCUAAAAAGAUUAACUCAAACUGGCUUAAAAAUCAAAAGGCUUUAUUGUCACAGAUACCUGUAAACUUCAGAGGUUAGGGUUGGCUCCAGGUGAAGCUUGAUCCAGGAGCUCAAUAUAUCUCAAAGUACCUAAUUUAUUUUAUUCUUUAUGCUCCACUUUCUGUAGGAUCAUUUUAAGGCUGGCCACCUCGUGACUGCCAGCACUUCUAGGGUUACAUGAGCCCUCAUUAAGUGGGGGCUCUUUGUGACAGGGCUCCCAGCAAAAGCCCUUCAGAUCCACUCUGCUCAGGCCAGCCUGGGACACACAUCCAUCCCUAACCAAUCACGGUGGCCUGAGGAUGAUAUAUGCUCAUUUGCUUACUCUACACCAUGGACUGCACUGUACUUUCUUUACAAUGGCCAAGCUCUUCGGUCACCCAGGCCUAAAUGAAGACUGUAAGGGGGAGUUGCAGAGGAUGCUGCUAAGACAGACAAGUGAUCAGCGAGACCUACUUGCUUUAUCCAUCUUAGUCUUGUGUCUCCCUUACUAAGGUUGGCGGGCGACCUCUUUCCUCUUGAUCGGGUCUCAGAAGGAACAAGAAGGGGGUCACUCUCUUUUAGGGACUCUCGGUAGGCUCUGUGUAAGGAAUGACAAUCCCUUGCUUCCAUCUCCAUUCUCAGAGGUGGAGCGGCUUCCCUUUCCUGUUUCUGAACUUUCAUUUUCCCCUACACGCCCCCUCCCUCUUUCACCAGGAAGAGUAAAGCUAUGGACUUCCUCCUCCUUUCAUUAAAUUCAUUCCGUAUCCACCAGGUGUCAGUCUCGUUAUCCGUGUGGCAGGCUUGUAGGGUUUAGGCUAGUCUUGGUGCUUGGCAGAAAGGAGCUCUGCACUGCAGGGGGGCGCCACUGGGGAAAGAAUGCAACCCUGUAGCUUUGCCCUUGGGGAAAAGCAGUAAACCAGUACUUAUUGAGGAGCUACUCUGUCUUCUGCAUGGAGUGGCUUCUGUCAGGGACGCUUGGUUUUCACCGAGAAAUAGAGUGGUUGCUUUUUUUUCAGGGAGACUGCACUUGGCCACUUAUUUCCACUAGAGCUGAUUUCUAAAAAAUAUGUAAUAUUUGAUAUCUAUAAAAACGAUAUGUAACAGAUUAUGAAGCAUAAUGAUAAAAUACCUAAAACCCAUCACCCAACGUACAUUGUAAAACAUUACAAAUGCCAUUGAAGCUACUUUUGUUCCCUCCCCAAACCUGUCCCUUGCCUUUCAGUACUGUCCUUCAUACUAUGUUAAUUGCCAGAUACAGCUAUAUAUUUAACCAUAUGUGUAUAUAUAUCCUUAAGUCAUGUAUUAUUUUUGCGCCUUACAAAAACAUUGCCUUCUAAUGAUCCUCUGGAGUUUGCUUUUGUCACUUAACAGCAUUUUAAAAACUCAUCUUUAUUGUUCUCGAAUGCUGUGAUUCAUUUUCAUCUGUGUACAAUUCCAUCAAGUACAUAAACCACAAACUGGUUAUCCAGUUGCUUACUAAUGAGUAUUUGGGUAGUUCCCAGUUUUUCGCUAUUCCAAACAAUGCUGCUACAAACAUCCGUGUAUGUUAGUGCCUUUUAGUAAGAUUUCUAAAAAGAUAUCUAAGAUGGUUCUCUUGUGUAUAUCCUUCUGAGUUGGGGCCUGGCCCCUCGUUUGUCUUAUUCUCUGGAAAAGUUUACACCAGACUGAGAUGAAGUGUUCCUUGAAAGUUGGCUCAAAGUCACCCAGAAAGCUUUCUGAGCCUGACAUUCUUUGUGGAAAAAGUUAUAACUAUUCAUUUAAUUUAUUAAAUACAGGCUACUUGUGCCUUCUGAGUUAGACUUUUCUCAUAUGAUGCAUGCCUUUCUAUUUGGCGUACAGUUGUUUGGUUGGUUCACUUGUUUUGCCUGUUUUCCGGGUAAUCGUGUCCUUUGCCUCAUUUCUACUGCUUGUGUCUUUCCUUUCUGGCGUAGUUGCACCAGGAAUUUGUGUGCUGUACUUGUCUGCCUCAGAUACUGCUUGGAGCUUUAUAGAUAAUCUUCCUUAGGUGUUUGUUCUUGUUUCGUUAAUUAUUGGUUUAACCUAUAGUGUCUCCUUCUGCUUUCUUGUUUGAUUUUAUGUUCUUUUUAACAUCUUAAUUUUGGCACUUAAGAUAACUAACGUUCUGUCUUUGCUAUUUUAAGUUUUCAAGAACCUGUUUCUCUACAUCCCACAAGUUUGCCUAUAUUGUACAGUAUUGUCAUUGAAUAUUUAGAUUUCCUGUAUGACUUUUCUUGACUCAUGACUUAUUUAGAAAAGCCUUAUGCAUUUCCAAAGGUCUGUGGAGAGUUAAAAAUGUAUCAUCUUUGAUACUGAUUUCAACUCAAUUACAUAUGCUCUGAUAAUAUGGUCUCAAUUACAUCAACAGUUUGAAGUUUGUUGGGAUUGUUAUAUUCUGUAACUGAUCUGGACUGUUUAAUUUGUUAUCUGCUGACAUGUACGCAUUGUAAUUUGUUUCCUUAUAUAUUCUGUAUGUGGGGGGUAUGAUCUCAUAUUUUGUGACACUUAAUGGAUGGGACUCCUGGGCUCUAAAUUGGGGGAGAGUGGGGUACUUUCUUCCAGAAAGGAUUGACAUUUGCUUCUCCACAAGCUAGGGGGUGCUCCUGACCUAGGACCAUGUCAGCGCCACUCCAGAGUCCAGGUUUAAUUCAGGAAUCCUAGGUUUUCUCCUCUUCCUUGGCUAGACCCCAGGCUUAAGCUCAGCUUAUAGUGCUAAUAAUUAGCACUGGACCCCAAGGCAAACCUGCUUCUACUGCAUGCAGCUCAGGUUUCCUUGAGGGUUCAGCUUAAUGUUUUGUUUUGGUUUUUUCUUCCCUUUAAGAUUUCCCUUUCCAAAAAAAGGAUUUCCCUUUCGAAUGAAUCCAACAGUAUGCUAAGACAUGCCACUCGCUGUCAUUUUUACUAUUUUCCCUCUUGUUUCUUAAGUGCUGGGCAUGAAAAGUUGGUAAGACAUAGGCUGCCUUCAAACAUUUUAGUUGGUAAGACAGACAAAUAACAUUGUUAGCACAAGUGUCCACUAUGUUCAAAGUAAGCACAGAGUGCUAUGGGAGCCAGAAGAGGAACACAGGUCAGGCAGGGCUGGGAGAUGGCUUCCCAGUACAGGUGAGUCAGAGUUAGCGGGGCAAGUUGAAUUGGUCAAGCAAGGAACGAACAACACACAGGAGCUGCUGCAUGGUUCACCGUGCUGCACAGCAUCUGUCGUUCAGAGCAGUGGGGCAGAGGAACUUGGGCUAGCUUCAUGGGAAAAGGAAGCAUGAGUUUACAGUCAGUAGGGUUUGGCCAAGCCCUGGUGGUAUCCUGUUGUGUUUGUGCUGCUGAUUACAGGUCAGUAGUUUAAAUGCACCAGCCACUCCGCAGGAGAAAAGCCUGAUCGAAACCGACGGACGGGGUGGUUCUACUCUGUCCGUAGGGUGACUGUGAGUCAGAAUGGACUCAAUGGCAGGGGGUUUGGGUUUAGUUUUGGGAGGCCUUAGGUGAAAAACAGAAGGCAUUCCAAGAGAAGCAGGGGAUAAGGAAGGGUACAGAGUGUGAAUACCUGCAUGACAGUACAACACUGUGAAGAAGAAAACAAUACAUAACUAUUAAAGCUAUUUGUUAAAUUA